AUGGCGACCAUUCCCUCCAACAACCUUCUCCUUCCUCGCUCUCUUUCACUCAAACCACACUUUUCACACUCUACUCUCAUCACUUUUCCGGCUAGAACAUCGCCGGCGAGGGCAAUUUCCAGAACCGAAGACGCUUCACUAUCCUCAAGACUUGAGCCGGAAAGUUAUAUGAUCACGACGGCUGAAUAUAUUCGCCGGCGAGAUAGAGAAGCUACAGAAUCCAAGAGUUUGAGAGACACGUGGAGGAAGAUCCAAGGAGAAGAUGAUUGGGCCGGUUUAAUUGAUCCAAUGGACCCGGUUCUGAGAUCCGAGCUAAUCCGGUACGGAGAACUGGCCCAAGCCUGUUACGACGCUUUCGAUUUCGAUCCAUUUUCAAAGUACUGUGGAAGCUGCCGGUUCACGCGCCACAAGCUCUUCGAUUCCCUCGGAAUAUUCGAUUCCGGCUACGAGGUGGCGCGUUACCUCUACGCGACGUCGAACAUCAAUCUCCCAAACUUCUUCUCGAAAUCGAGAUGGUCCAAAGUGUGGAGCAAAAACGCGAACUGGAUGGGAUACGUGGCGGUUACCGACGACGAAGAAUCCACGCGUCGCCGUCUCGGACGCCGCGACAUCGCGAUCGCGUGGAGAGGAACCGUCACGCGGCUCGAGUGGAUAGCUGAUCUCAAGGAUUUCCUUAAACCUGUAUCCGGAAACGGAUUCCGGUGCUCCGACCCGGCCGUUAAAGCCGAAUCCGGGUUUCUGGAUCUCUACACGGACAAAGACACUUCCUGCAAUUUCUCGAAAUUCUCUGCGCGUGAACAGGUUCUGACGGAGGUGAAGCGAUUGGUUGAGAAGUACGGCGACGACGAGGAAGAAGGAGAUCUGAGCAUCACGGUGACGGGACACAGUCUCGGCGGCGCGUUGGCUGUGUUAAGCGCGUACGAUGUGGCGGAGAUGGGAUUGAAUCGGACGAGGGAAGGGAAGGUGAUUCCGGUGACGGUGUUCACGUACGGUGGACCGCGCGUGGGGAAUGUUAGAUUUAAGGAGAGGAUGGAGGAAUUGGGAGUGAAGGUGUUGAGGGUGGUGAACGAGCACGACGUUGUGCCCAAAUCGCCGGGAUUGUUUCUUAACGAGCGUGCGCCUGACACGCUUAUGAAACUGGCGGGAGGAUUGCCGUGGUGUUACUGCCACGUGGGGGAGGAACUGCCGUUGGAUCACCGGAACUCGCCGUUCUUAAAACCAAACGUUGAUCUUUCUACUGCUCAUAACUUGGAAGCUCUCCUCCAUCUCCUUGACGGAUAUCAUGGGAAAGGGGAGAGAUUCGUGUUGUCAAGUGGUCGAGAUCCAGCGUUAGUGAACAAAGCAAGUGAUUUUUUGAAAGAACAUUUCAUGGUACCUCCUAAUUGGCGCCAAGACGCAAACAAAGGAAUGGUUAGGAACAAUGAGGGCCGUUGGAUUCAACCUGAUCGUAUCCGUGCAGAGGAUCACCAUGCUCCGGACAUUCAUCGUCUUCUCUCCCAACUCCAUCAUCCAUCAUAA